AUGGCGAGCAACAUAUUGCACUUUACAAAUGACGGAGCCUCUGUCGCAAAGGGCCCUGUCUCGCCAGCCGCCCACAUCCCAGCGUCUGCCAACAUCUUUCCCAAGUUUGAAAAAUCAAUUAGCAAGGAUGGCUGGGAACUGUGGUUUUUUGAUUGCGUUUCUCCCGAACAGCGCGCCGCCGUCAUCGUCGGUCUGAACAGAACCGCGCAAGAUGGGACCGGGGAUGGCUUCAAGGUGCAGGUCACGGCUAUCUGGCCCGACUCAACAACAUGGCAUCGCGACUUGUAUUUUCCAGAGUCCAUUUUUGAGACGACAUCUUCAGAGACUCGCGGUGUAUGGCGUGACACUGCCAAAGCUGCGAGCGUCAGCUUUGUGUCUUCAGACGGCGACCGGAAUAUUUCUUUGAUAUUUGAUGUCCCGGGCAUUGUUGACGGAAAGAUGCAGCUACAGGCGUUACCUGGGGACACUGGGCUGGACUCUGAUCCUACUCUGGGUCCGUCGGUGCAUUAUGUGCGGCCUAUUGGGCGUGCUUCUGUUACCGCUGAGAUGCGCCUUUUCGAUGAUGCGGCUAGCGAAGCUGGCACGUUGCAACUGGGGACGCGAGACCAACCCGUCAACGGAGGUGUUGAUCGCGUCUGGUCAUUAGGAACUUGGCCGCAGAUUAUGACGGAGUCAUACUACCUGAGAACGCAUGUCGGCCCAUACGCCAUCCAAAUCAUGCGCAUUUUCUCGGACAUGGCCAGUGGAAACCAGCCUUAUACAAUGUCACGACUAUAUCACGAAGGGAAAUUGAUUUGUGCUGCACAAGAUGUCAUUGAAGAAUCUGCACAGACAUCUCAGAAGCACUCCCUCGUGUUGACGAAGGUGCACAAUAGCCAAGAUGAUGAAAGUGUUCGAGGCAGGUUUGUGGACCAGAACACCGGAUACUCUGUGGUAUUCAUUGAUCAAGAGAUCGGUAAGAGGUGGAAGUUUCAGGUUACUCAUGAUAGGAUAGUUUGGAAUAUUCCAACAAGCUCUCCUGGACCAAAUGCCACGGGCAAUACGGGUUUUAUUGAGAGAGUGGUUGGUGGCCUGGAUGGGGAAGCCUUUACAGGCAUUGGAACUGGUGGCCAGUGUCAGCUAUGA